CCUUCCAGAAGAAGGUACCAAUUACCAGGCUGAAGCUACUGAUCUUGGCUCUUCUCUCCUCUUCGUUGGUCAUCCAUGAUGUGGGAACUCCGCUCCGUGGCCUUCACCCGGGCUGUUUUAGCAGAAUUCCUAGCCACACUGAUCUUCAUCUUCUUUGGCUUGGGCUCUGCGCUUAACUGGCCUGUUGCCCCACCAAAUGUCCUCCAGAUCUCAAUGGCUUUUGGUUUGGCUAUAGCCACUAUGGUUCAAGCUGUGGGGCAUGUCAGUGGGGCCCACAUCAACCCUGCAGUGACUGUGGCCUGUCUGGUGGGCUCUCAUGUCUCCUUCCUGAGGGCCGUCUUUUAUGUGGUAGCACAGAUCCUGGGAGCUGUGACUGGAGCUGCCCUUCUGCAUCAACUCACACCACCUCACAUCCGAGGCAGCUUGGCCAUCAACAGGGUGCACAACAAUACAACAUCAGGGCAGGCAGUCACCAUGGAGCUGUUCCUUACAUUCCAGUUGGUGCUGUGCAUUUUUGCCUCCACCGAUGACCGCAGAAGUGAUAACUUGGGAUCCCCAGCCUUGUCCAUCGGAUUCUCCGUCACUCUGGGUCACCUACUUGGGAUCUAUUACACUGGCUGUUCUAUGAACCCAGCUAGAUCUUUUGGCCCCGCUGUGAUUGUGGGUGACUUUGACGGCCACUGGGUCUUCUGGCUGGGACCAAUGGUUGGGGCAGUGGUGGCUUCCUUGAUCUACAACUAUGCUCUCUUCCCCCAUGCAAAGACCCUUUCUGAAAGGUUAGCCAUCUUCAAAGGUUAUGAGCCAGAGGAAGACUGGGAAGAACGCGAAGUUCGCAGACGGCAAUCGAUGGAGCUGCAUUCCCCACAAACUCUACCUCGAGGGGUGAUGGAGAAAGUCUAAACCAACUCCAAUGGUCUGUGAAAGGAACAACAAACUAUGUUGUCUGGUAUCUACUUCUGAGCCAAAUGUACAUUCAUACAAGCUGCAAAACAACUUUGCACAUUAAUCUUACCCCUGCUAGGGGCAAUAUGUGUAUCUGUAAUGGAGCAUCCAUGGAGCCUAACUUUUUAGCUCAAGGUA